AUGUCCCAAUUGCCUCCGCACGACAGUCACCAACUUCGCCGGCGCCCUCGCCUCCCAUCUACGGGCUCACAGAGCAUCAGCAGCAGUGCGAGACCCCUAUCCCGGCCGCGCACAGAAGUGUGCGAAAAUGCGCCGCCACUGGUGUCGCCAACCGUGUCACCGCCUGCUACGCCGGUGGUAGUCGCUGUGCGAGAGCGCUGCUCCAACACGCCGCCGCCUGUAGGGUGGCAGUACCCAUCGUGCAGUCGCUGCCUCGUCUGCGGACAGCUCGGGUGUGACUCGUGCAGCGUCAAAGUCGAUCCAGCCGCCACGAAGCAAAAGUUGGAAAGCCUGCGUCUCAACACGCCGUACGAGCGCGCAAAGCUUGCCCGCAGCACUGAAGAGCUGCGCAGCGAAGAGAGUCGUCAACGAGCGCGGCUGGUGGGGCGGUACGAGUCAUGGCUUGAGGGCCUCCAUACGGUCGAGCUGAUGCAACGGCACAUCGUGCGUGUUAUAAUGCAGGAGGUGGCGCACCGGCAGCAGCUUUGCAAAGAGGAGCAGGCGCGGCGUGCAACGCAUGUGAUUGCCGCCGAUCAACAUUUGGUGCUCCUUGCUCUGCAGUCCAGCGAGGUGGCUGCUCGUUAUGCGACGCUGGCGCGUGAGCGCGAGGGCUUUGCCGGGCUAUCCCGCCUCUACGCCUACGCAACCCAAGUUGUGCGGCUGCUGCAGCGCGAAGCCACGACGCGUGAGGCGCUUCGGUACACCGAGUCCUCGCAAUGGCAUCGCCUCCAGGCGCAGGAGGUCGAAUGUCGCCAGCUCAUGUGUGAGCACGUUACCGAGCGUCAUCGGCUCUGCGAGACCUACUGGGAAAGCAGAGAGGACCUCUGCCGUCAGCGCGUCGCUGGGCUGGAAAGCUUGGGUGCACUGGCCGUUGCCCACCGUGAGAUGCUCCGCCAGCACGUCCAACAGCGGUGCACGCUGCUCGCGUCAACCGAGCAGGGCAAGCGUGAUGUUGUAGCCGAGGAGGCCGCUACUCGCAUGCGUCUUCGUGAAGAGAUGCUGGAGGAGGCAGACUACAUUGAAGAGUGCCACCGCAUAUUCGAACGCCAACGAGCCACCCUCUGCAAAGCUGAGGCAUCGCAGCGGCAGGGCAUCCGCGAAGCGGCCGAACGCGGGUACCACGCCGUGUUUCUGGACAUGAAGGCGAGCGCAGAUGUCGUCUAUGCUGCCGAGGUGGAGCGGACCGAUCGUCGUCACUCUGAGCUCCUCCUCGCACUUGAGACGCUCUGCAGCAUACAACACGAAGAGGAUGCCGCCUUCACUGCCCUGAUGUCUAGGGAACGCGACGAGGCCGCCGGCCGCCGAGUCUGGAUGGCCCAGAAGUCCGAGGCGAGGGCGGCACUAUUACACCGCUGUUUGCACGAGAGGGAGUCUGUCCUCGCCAUUGAGGAAUCUCUCGCCCGCGAGGCGCUGCGCAAGGCGGCUGCGAGUGGGGAGGUUGCUGUGGCGGAGAGAAUUGUCGCGAAGGCGCGUGCGCGCGCCGAGUUGUGCACCUGUGCCGAGAGCGCUGUUGAGGCGCUCGCGAAGGAGGAGCAAUGCGCCCGCUUUCGCUUGCUGUCACACAUGGCAGCGCAUGAGGAGUUGGUGGUGCGUUGGUGUGAAACGAAGCGCUUCGCAAGACUGCACUUUGUUGACAGCGAGGCGCCUCCUCGCAGCGCCAUAUGCUGGCAGGAGCAGCAAAACUGGCAGCAGCUCUGCAUCGCAUUCGCUCGCACAUGCAAGGCAGUUGAGGAGCGGACUGCGCUGGAAGACCAGGCUCGCACCAAGGCAACGCGCAGCGCCCUCAACGCUCUCGAGCAGGUUGCCAGAGAGGAGGCGCAGGCGUGGCAACACUUGUGCAGUGAGGAAAAUGAGCAGCGCUACCGCACUGUGGAAGCCUUCCACUACCGCCGCCAAGUGGAGCUCCUGUACGAGGAGACCCAACGGCGCGAGUUCCUCGCUCGCGACGAACUCGCGGCUAGGACAGCGGUGCGGGCAAGGAUGGCACUCUUUGCGCGCUACGCAGCUGAGGCGACCCUCGCCGCCCUCCACACGCAACUCUGCGAGGUAGUGGCAUCGGAAGAAAGCGCACGUGUGUGCUUCUACGAGCACGUCGGUGAGUGGUACGACUGGGCCGCACACCAGCAGCGGGAAGAGGAACUGCGGCUCAUCGAAGCCUUAGAGCAGCGCAUCCAGGAGGAGCUGCGGUCUCGCCAGGAGUACAUGCAGGAGGACGGGCGCUUGUACGACCCCGCUGAGUUUCUUAUGUUUGCGCGCAGCAGCGCUGAGGACGGCGAUCAGAGAACGCGAGGGGCGGCGGCGGCGGCGCAUUUGGAGGCGGGGUACACUAACAACCUGCGUCGCGAGCUCGUGCUGCAGACCUUGGGCAAUCCCCUCUGCGCUGCCCCACUCUCAGCUGCUGCUGUGGACUUCCUCGUUGCUGUCAUCGACAGCGCUGGGCAGCGCCGCGACGUCGCUCAAGAGCGCUUUGCCGCAGCAGAGCGCCAUGCCAGAGACGCCUCCAAGAAGUUGCUGCAGCACGAGCGCCUGUACGCGGCGGAGAAAGAGAAGGAGGAGAUGUACGAGCUGUCCUCCCGUCGCGAGAGAGAGGAGCGUGAGCGGCGAAUGCACCAGGAGACACUGGACAAAACGCGCAGUCAGCAGACGAUUAUCGCGGAGAAACGCCGUCUUGCCGACGUACAGGCCGAGCUGCUACAAGAGCAAAAGAAGCUGGAGACGCUCAAGGGGAACAUCAGCAAGCAGUACAACCGAUGA